GGCAGAGAGACGGCAAUAUGGCGAGAAUGCCUGGCAGCGGGGACUGUAACACCAGCGCGGGCGGCGGCGCGGCCGCAGCCGCCGCCGCCGCCGAGAACAAUGGGGAGCGGGGCGAGGGGGAGCGCGGCGCGGGGGCCCGCGGCCGCCGUCACGGCCGCCCGCACUACUGCAGCGCGGGCGAGGAGGAGGAAGAGGAGGAGGAGGAGGAGGACGAGAUCCAGGAGGUGCAGAUAACGGGGGACGAGGAGGAGGAGGAGGACGGAGGUGGGGGGCUGGAGGAGGACGAGGAGGAGGAGGAAGAGGAGGAGGAGGAGGAGAUGGGGCUGGACUGGGACGAGCCCCUGGAGCCCGUGGACUCGGCCGGGGAAGAGCUGGAGCCCGAGCCGGUCCAUACGAUCAAUAUGGACCGGAGCGCCGCGCUGGAGCCCGAGGCGCCUCCACGGCUGCUGGCGCCCAGGGCGCGCAGCGGGCCGCCCGGGGACGGCGCCGAGGUGGACCCCGACGUGCUGCAGCGCCCCGAGCGGGCCCGGCUGAGCGAGAACACCAGGCUGGCCACCCGCUACGCCGUGCGCAUCUUCCGGGAGUACCUGAGCGAGAAGGCGCAGAGCCCGGACUUCGAGACCAUGGACAAGGGGGCGCUGUGCCGCGUGCUGCGCUCCUUCUAUGCCGAGGCCCGCUCCAAGAGCGGCCAGCUCUACAGCAAGUCCUCGCUCAUCAGCAUCCGCAGCUCCCUCAACCGCUACCUCAACGAGCCCCCGUACUGCCGCACGCUCGACCUCACCAAGGACCCGGAGCUGCGCAGCGCCAACCUGACGCUGGCCGCGGUCAUCCGCAAGCUAGAGGAGCAGGGCGCGGGCCCCGUGGUGCAGAAGCAAGCCAUCACGCGCGCCGACCUGCGCAAGCUCUACACCUCCAGCGUCUUUAGCACCGGCACGCCCUUCGGGCUGCUCAACAAGGUCUGGUUUGAGACGUGCAUGUACUUUUGCACGCGCGGCCGCGAGAACCAGCGCGAGCUGGAGGAGGACUCGUUCGGGCUGGCCAUGGACGAGGACGGCCGCAAGUUCGUCUACUUCAAGUCCCUCGGGCCCUACCACAAGUCGCGCUCGUCCUCGUGGAGCAAGAAGCGCGCGGAGAGCAGCGACGAGGAGAACUUGCCCCGCAUGUACGAGACGGGCACGGAGUUCUGUCCCUAUGCCAGCUUCGUCAAGUACCUCUCCAAGCGCAACCCCCUGUGCAAGGCAUUCUUCCAGCGGCCGCGGGACCACUGCAGCGAGGGUGACGUGACCUGGUACGAGAACAAAGCCAUCGGCAAGAACCUGCUGGGCACCAGGAUGCAAAUGCUGUCCAAGGCGGCCAAACUCUCCAAGACGUACACCAACCAUUGCAUCGGCGCCGUGUCCAUCGCCACGCUCAACAGCAUCGCAGGCAUCGGCACCAAGCUGGGCUCGCCUGCCCCGCAGGGCUGCUACGCGGAGCCUCUGAACGGGGCGGCCCGACACCCCUCCCACCCCCACCACCACCCCUCCACCCACCCCUCCCACCACUCCCGCCCCCAGCCGCCCGCGCUGGGGAACUCUUACCUCCUCCCCAAGGACAGCCAGGUUGGGCCCGACGACGUGAAACCCGAGGCUACACCCAAGCGCGCGCUGUACGAGUCGGUGUUCGGGCCGGGGGACCUCUGCGGGCCCUCGUCCCCCAAAAGACUGUGCGUCCGCCCCUCGGAGCCUGUGGAUGCGGUGGUGGUGGUUUCCGUGAAACACGACCCCCUGCCUCUUCUUCCAGAAGCCAAUGGGCACAGAAGCACCAAUUCUCCCACAGUAGUUGCACCUGCUAUUGUUUCCCCCACCCAGGACAGUCGGCCCAAUAUGUCAAGACCUCUGCUCACUAGAUCCCCUGCGUCUCCACUGAACAGCCAAGGCAUCCCUACUCCAGCACAGCUCACAAAAUCCAAUGCGCCCGUGCACAUCGAUGUGGGCGGCCACAUGUACACCAGCAGCCUGGCCACCCUCACCAAAUACCCCGACUCCAGAAUUGGAAGGCUCUUCGAUGGCACAGAGCCGAUUGUCUUGGACAGUCUCAAACAGCACUACUUCAUCGACAGAGAUGGACAGAUGUUCAGAUAUAUCUUAAAUUUUCUACGAACGUCAAAACUCCUCAUUCCUGAUGACUUCAAGGACUACACUUUGUUAUACGAAGAGGCAAAGUAUUUUCAGCUGCAGCCCAUGUUGCUGGAGAUGGAAAGAUGGAAGCAGGACAGAGAAGGCGGCCGCUUUGCACGGCCCUGUGAGUGCCUGGUGGUGCGCGUGGCCCCUGACCUCGGAGAGAGGAUCACGCUCAGCGGGGACAAGUCCUUGAUUGAAGAGGUGUUUCCGGAGAUCGGUGACGUGAUGUGUAACUCCGUCAAUGCGGGCUGGAACCAUGACUCCACGCACGUCAUCAGGUUUCCACUCAACGGCUACUGUCACCUCAACUCGGUCCAGGUCCUCGAGCGGUUACAACAAAGAGGUUUUGAAAUCGUGGGCUCCUGCGGGGGAGGCGUGGACUCGUCCCAGUUCAGCGAAUACGUCCUCCGGCGGGAACUGAGGCGGACGCCCCGCGUACCUUCUGUCAUCCGGAUAAAGCAGGAGCCCCUGGACUAAUGCACAAAGAAGAAAAACACACAACAAAUAACACAAAAGGGACAUUUGUGUGCAGUUGCAACAGCAAACCAAGUCCUGGACCUGAAACUGAUUGAAAGACACAUUUCUAUGCGAUAGAGACCACACCUGUAUUCAUAUGGGAACAAUUGGAAUAUCAAUAUCCUCAAGGUGUAAAAAAAUAUAUAUAAAUAUAUAUAUAUGUCAAAAGGUAGGAAAUGCAAAAAAGGAAAAAAAAAAAAAAGAAAAAAGGUAAUAGCUCCAGUUGGUGCUGUAAUGGCGUGUCGUGUGCUGGCCUUCCGGGGCCUCUGACCAAUCAACAAGCCAUGAGCGGGGAGGUCACAGUCUCCUUACAGGUCCAUUGCCAACAGCCAUCCUCCAUCAUUUCUUUGUCCUUUGUCCUUUUUUUUUUUUUUUUAAAGACAUCUUGAAUCAAGUUUCUUUGCAUUCAGAGGUUUCAUGUCUGUCUUUAGACAGGGACCAGGCGGGACUUCAGAAAAACUCUCCUGAGCACAUUGCAUUGAAAAGACGUUGAGACAUGAAAUUCCAAAUGUAGUUUGUACAGAAGUCACACUUUGUUGUCCGCCUCACAGAUGUGAACUUGACUUUGUUUUUAAACGGAUCGGUUUUGCAAAGGGGCCAGAAUUAUUACUUGUUAGAGUUGCUGCAGUUUGAGUCUGCUGCUUUCCUACAAUUUUUCAAAUUUUAUAAUGUAUUAAAUACAAUAAACUCUGUUUAAAAAAUAAGGUCUGUGUGAAACACACGUGUUGGAGUAAGGCCAGAUUAAAAUGAAUUUUUUUUUUAUU